AAACAGGCCAGUAGGCGAGGUGGCACUGGGUUGAGGCAGGCGGGAGUCCCCUUUGCUUAUGGAACACCUGGCAGCCCCAGGCUCCAGGCCAGAGGCCCCACCUCAAGCCAUUAAGAAUGUUCUGCCAAGGGCUGAGGAAUGGCUGCCAGGAGUCCCUGGGGGUACCCCAACCUGGGCCACCAACCUUGAGACCGGACUUCCCUCAGAUCCAGAGCUGAGUGAGGAGCAACGGCUGCAGGUCUGCAAGGAGCUGGUGAACCUGCAGAUCAGAACCCAUCACCUGCAGGAGCAGCAUGAGGCUGAAAUCUUCGAGCUGAGGAGUGAGGUCCUGCGGCUAGAGAGCCGAGUGCUGGAGCUCGAGCUGCAUGGAGAGCAGGCAGCCCCAGUAAAAGCUGACCUGGGACACCACCAGGCACUGGGACAGGAGCUUGGGCACAAGACCUGGGGGCAGGGACACUCUGACCAGUGCAGACUCCAGGCACAGCCCAAGGACUUCCUGACCCCUGAGAAUGAACAGCAGAAGCUGGGGGACAGCGGAGCAGAGCGGGUGCUGGAACAGCACAGGGCUCGGCAGCAGGCGCUGGAGACUCGCGUGGCAGCCCUGGGCCGGCAGCUGCAGGGAGCCCGGGAGGAGGCCAGGACAGCUGGGCAGCAACUGGCUGCAUGUGCCGUGGUGCUGUCUGCCUGCCAGGGCCAACUCCACCAGGCUGAGGCAGAGAACGCCCAGCUGCAACUGCAGCUCAAGAAGCUAAAUGAGGAGUAUGCCAUCCGACUGCAGCACCUCGCGCGAGCCGCCGUGUCUGAGUGUGCAGAUGGUGCAGGCCCAACGCCGGCAGUCACAGCCCUUCGGACAUUCCUGGAGACCACUCUGGAGGACAUUCGGGUGGCACACCACAGUCGUGAGCAACAGCUGGCCCGGGCUGCUCGCACCUACCGCAAGCGCCUGGCAGAUCUGAGCCAGAGGCAUGAGGAGCUGCUGGCUGCGCACAGGACCCAUCCCAGGCUCAGCAAAGCCCCAACCCCAGGGCCUCUGAGCAACCUCCUCGUUCAGCAACCAAGACUCCCUACCACAAAGCCUGUACAGCCCAGCAGACUGGCGACACUGCUCUCAUUCCCACAGAAGGGACCCAGGGAAGCCACCCAGGGGGGCAGGCUGGAGCCACGGGGUUUAGAAACUGCAUCCUGGGCCCAGAUCCACCAGAAGCUACAGGACUUCUUCCAUAGCACCCAGAGCUGGAGCGGGAGCGGGCACAGCUGCUAGUCCGGGCCACGAUGGCUGAGGAGCAACUUUCUGACCUACAGGAGUAUGUGGACCAGCACCUGGGCAGGUGGGCUCUAGGGAAGGUGGGCUGAGUAUGACACGUGAACUUCGGUCCCAGGCAGUAGGGCUUGUCCACAGCCAAGCAGGUGACUAAGCCUGGCUUCUGUGAGCAGGUACACACAGGAGAUCCUGAGGCUGAGGAAGCUGGUAGGGCCAGGAGACCCUGGGAAAGAGGGGGCCACACCUCCAGCCAAGCCCCAGCGACCAAGGACUCACAGCCGCUAGCUGGUCAUCAGACAAACUUGGAGCAGAACUCUCCACAGCCAGCACGGAGCCUCCUUGCAGCUUCUCUUUGCAAGACCAUCCGCCUGGCCCUCCCCCAACAAGAAUCCGGGUGGAGCCCA